UUGAAAAUGGCCAGAACAAAGCAGACCGCCCGUAAGUCUACCGGUGGCAAAGCCCCCCGUAAACAGUUAGCUACCAAAGCUGCCCGGAAGAGCGCUCCUGCUACUGGGGGAGUAAAAAAACCUCAUCGUUACCGACCUGGUACCGUAGCCUUGCGAGAGAUCCGCCGCUACCAGAAAUCUACUGAGCUGCUCAUCCGCAAAUUGCCCUUCCAGCGCCUGGUCCGUGAAAUCGCCCAAGAUUUCAAGACCGAUUUGCGUUUCCAGAGUUCGGCCGUUAUGGCCCUGCAGGAGGCCAGCGAAGCCUACUUGGUGGGGCUCUUUGAAGAUACUAACCUGUGUGCUAUUCACGCCAAGAGAGUCACUAUCAUGCCUAAGGACAUCCAGUUAGCCCGGCGUAUCCGUGGUGAGAGGGCUUAA